AUUUCAUUGAACAGAUCUUAACCAUGUCUUUUCAAGAUAGUGCUUGCGAUAUCCAUCUGAGCUCCAAGCCCGGAACUACCUCUCUGGUUGCUAUUUGCAACAACGAUGAAGGAUCCGGUCUAGUCAACGAGGUUGAACUCGAUCGAUUUCUCGGGAACGAAGAUGGUCACUUCAGCUGGAACGGAAGGAGUUUCACUGAAAGUGCUCGCGACAUCGAACUGCGCAGAGAGGGGCCAUCUCGAUUACCGGUCCUUCACGCCAAUCUUCAGAACAGUUCGGGAGAAUAUGUGGCUGAUGAAAUCUGUCUCGCUGAGCAUAUCCGUAACAUGGAUGGUCAGCUUGAAGAUAUUGGAAUGGUCUGAGUUUUUACAAGAUCUUCUAUAGCUUCAUAGCAUGGUCUUAAUCUGAGUAUCUGGAGAGACAGCACUAGUGGAGAGUAAAUGCAUAAUGAUGAAAUUGUCGACGACAUUCUGUAGUUAAUACGAAGCUUUAUUUUGCCACUC